GCAAAAUCAUCCACAAAGACACAUAUCCUCAAGAAGCUAGCCUUAGGUUUCUUAGAUCCAUAGACAUUCCAUUGAUCAUGGCUUUUCGUGUGAGUCAUUUGAGCCUUGCCCUGAGCCUUGUGGCACUUGCAUUUGCAGGUGUUGCUAUUUAUAGGAACACUUAUGAAGCCAUGAAUAUGGGACUCCAAAAGCUCUCUCCAGUUUUUGAUUUGUCGGAGUCAGCAGUCAGCAUUUUAACUCUAAAUAAUAAUGUUGAUCAGCAAAAUUCACACAAGUUGAGUCAGCAAUCUCCAGAAUCAUGCGUCUUCUCAGCUGUUCGAGGAGUUGUGGACAGUGCUAUUGACACAGAAAGACGCAUGGGAGCUUCUCUCAUUCGUCUCCAUUUCCACGACUGCUUUGUUGAUGGUUGCGAUGGAGGUGUUCUUCUAGAUGAUAUUGCUGGAUCAUUCCAAGGAGAACAAACCUCACCACCCAACAACAACUCAGCCAGAGGUUUUGAAGUCAUAGCACAAGCUAAACAAAGUGUAAAAGAUACUUGUCCCAACAUAUCUGUUUCUUGUGCAGACAUCUUAGCCAUUGCGGCUCGUGAUUCUGUUGUUAAGCUAGGAGGACAAACCUAUAACAUUGGACUGGGGAGAAGAGAUGCAAGAACGGCCAACUUCACUGGUGCUUUAACUCAACUUCCAGCUCCAUUCGACAACCUAACAGUUCAAAUCACGAAAUUCAGUGACAAAAACUUUACUGUCCGGGAAAUGGUGGCGCUAGCCGGUGCACACACUGUGGGAUUCGCCAGAUGUGUCACUGUGUGCAACAGCAACAACGUUAACCCGGCUGCACGUCUUUCCUGCAACUGCUCCGUAACUCAAAACAAUACGAACUUGGAACAAUUGGACACCACUCCUACUGUGUUCGACAAAGUAUACUACGAGGACUUAAACAGGAACCAGGGGAUACUUUUCUCUGAUCAAGUAUUGACGGGGAAUACCACAACUGCUGCUAUUGUAACAACCUAUAGCAAUGAUAGUAACGUUUUCUUUGGAGAUUUUGCAGCUGCCAUGAUCAAGAUGGGAAACUUGCCUCCCUCACAGGGCGUUCAAUUAGAAAUUCGUGAUGUUUGCAGCAGAGUCAAUCCCAGUUCUGUGGCUUCUAUGUGAAAGGAACACUUGAAUUUGGAAAAAAGGAACUGAAGUCGUCAUUAGUUGAUUGCUUGGUGUUUUCUUCAAAAUAAAAGAAUCACUGUGCCCAGAAUGUUGCUCUAAUAUUUGUUUUGUAAUUUGUAGUAGUAGUACUUGUUUUCACCCUUGUUAAGUGCUAUCAGCUGGUGCCCUGCAUUAUCGUUUCAAUAAUAUAUGAAUAUUGUUUUUCAAAUA